CCCUCUUUCCCUCUUCCACUCUUCCACUCUUCCACUCUUCAUCUUCCACUCUUCCACUCUUUCCCUCUUUCCCUCCCUCCGUCCCAAAAUAGAUCGGCGUGAUCCGUCCAUGACGCCAUCCGGGGUCCUUCGUACUUCCUGAUUCUUACUCUUACUCGAUCCUGAUAUCACCCGGGGUGAGGGGGGGUGUGCCCCUCGCCUGUACUUUAUAGAUCUGCUCCCAACACGAGUCCCUCCUGUCCUCGCAUCUGCAGGCCCUGCAGCAGGUCCAAGGCCAGGUCCCGUCCGACGGAGACGCCUUCCGCCUCGUGUCUCACAUGCUGGAGAAGACCACUCGCCUGGUCGCCCAGUUCCACGUCCUGAAGCGACAGAUCGUACAGAUGCCCCAACCAGCUGCUGCCGGCUUCAAACCCCACCAGAAGACCCCCGGCCAGAGCUCGGACGACUCAACCUCAACCUCAACUCAUCGGUCAAACGAGCUUCCUGGCCGACCCAAGUCCCGGCCCCAACCCCCCCUGGACAGCUUGAAGCGCGCACGCCAGAGUGACGAUGAAUCGGACCAGGAUGUCCCCGUACCAGAAAGCAGCGAGCCCAGGACGCACCCUGUGACGCAGAACCAGAGCCCCCCCCCACGCUCCCAGAAACGAAAACGGCUCGACCGAAUUAUCGCCGGUGCGGAUGAAGAAGUACGCGACGUCACGCCCCUGUCCGUCGAGACCGAGGACAUCUCGGAGGAAGUCCAGCGACGCCUGGAGAUCAAGGACAAGCAGCGGAAGAAACGCAGUGCCUCCAAGGUCGACAAGCGGAAGAGAGACAGCAUGAACUCCAACGGAAGUACCUCCUCGCCCGGGACAGUGACGAAGCACCUCAAGAAGAAGGCCAGACUUGGGACGGGGAGGUGAGGGAGUAGUCGGGGCCGUCGAUGGCAUCUCUGACAGGCACGGCGUGAGGAUGCAAGGGGUCAAGCUUUGAAUGCCACUUUGCUUGCGUCAAAUGCUCUCACUUCUUUCUGGGGAGGGAUGUUCCUGGCCUAUCGAUGGGCCUUGACGGGAGGUCAGCAGCUCACACAGCCCUUGAUUUGGCUUUUUUGGAUAGUCCCUUGACAGCCGUUUCCUGGCCUCUCACUGGCCAGCCCUAUGUACCAUAUGCUCCAACCUUAUGUUCUGCUGUACCUGACCGUCUCGCUCAACCCUGGUUCCGCCCCUGGUUGUGGUCUAUACUU